CUCAUUUCGUUGUUUUCAUAUCGCAGGAUUCAGUCGCAGGCAUUAGGCCUAAUCUACGGUUUAAAUUUUGUUCAUGAAUUGUCUGACAUAAAUUUAGAGCACGAUAUAAAAAUUAUGCAUCUGUAUACUCCUAUUGAACAAUCUAUCUCUAGUCAUGUGCAGAUGUCAUUUGAAACUUUCGAGGCAACUGAGAGUCAAGUGCUAAAGUCACUGCGUAUACCAGGAUAUUACAUGGCACCGUAACAAGAUACUUGGAUCAAAAUCAUCAUUCUGGCAAGAAAGGAACGUCUGUGUGUAUAUAUAGCUGGAACUUUAAGGACAUAUUAUAGUAUUCAUCGGAUCUAUUACAGGCCCGAGAUUGCUCAAAGUAUAAUAACACGGACGUGCGAUAUAUGAAUCUCAGCAAGGAUUUAAACCUAUAUUGUUGAGUAUUGUCGGAGAUGGAGAAUAUCAUUCGCGAUCUAAUGGGUUGAAGAAUAUGGAGAGCAUCCCUACCCGUGGGGGAGGAGUCAUCAGCGAAUGCCAGAGUUUCAAGACUGAGAGAGGACAUUUCUUUGUCAAGAUGAACUCCAGAAGCCAGACAAGGACGAUGUUCGAGGGCGAGAGGGCGGGCUUGGAGGCCAUUCUAGCCACGGGAACGGUUCGAUGUCCGAGGCCUAUCGAGAUCUAUGAUCACAGUGAUGGCCCAGAGUCUAUCUUCGUUAUGGAACAUCUUGAUAUGAUAGAUCUAGACCAGCACGCUGCAGCGUUGGGUGAAGCUGUCGCAAGGUUGCAUCUGCACAACAGUCGUCUCAAUUCGAGAGAGGAAAAGACUGAUGGAAGGAUAGGUGGUUUUCAUCACGUGACAUUGGAGGAGAACGGGGAGGAAGAGGAAACCCAACGAUCUGUCUCUCAGUUUGGAUUCAGCACCUCCACCUGCGUGGGAUACUUGCCUCAGGAUAAUACAUGGUCCGAUGAUUGGGUGGAAUUUUUCGUCCGCCAAAGAUUAAAACCUCGCGUGGAUUACAUUGAGCAAGAAUUCGGGGACCGCACGCUGAUCGAACUGUGGCCGCGUCUUGUGCGGCAUAUACCGCGGUUAUUUCGCGGUAUCGACCGCAUCACCCCGGCCUUGCUGCACGGCGACCUACACGGGGCAAACGUUGCCGAAACAGCGUCUGGCCCAGUGAUCUACGAUCCCGCCUGUUUCUACGGGCAUCACGAAUUGGAACUAGCAGCCCGAGUCUUUGUCGACUUCAACCAAGAAUUCUUUCCAGCCUAUCACACACUGAUUCCUAGAGCGGAGGGCUUCGAAGAGCGGGAAAAACUCUACAAGAUAUUUUUCUUUCUCAAUUACUGGUAA